CAUUUGUGUGGUGUAAAAGACAGAAGCCAAAGUGUCCUGUGCAGUUGUGAUAGUAUUGCAUCUAAAAGUUUGUUUCACACUCUGAAUCCAUUUUCAGGCAGAGGAGAAUGUCGGCGAAGAAGGAAUUUGAUGUGAAGCAGAUCCUCAGGCUGCGCUGGCGCUGGUUCAGCCACUCAUCCCAAGGUUCGGCAGGAAGCGGAGGUGUCGGCGGGGUGGGAGGUUACAUUCAGCAGGAUGGCAGCGACCACAGGGGAACCCCCGUCCAGGGCCGACUCAAGAGCCACUCUCGGGAAAGGGGGGGAGGAGGACUGCGGAAGUCGAGCAGCCCGGCCCACAGUAUCCUGGCACCGACGCCGGGACCCACGCCUGUCUGUGUCAGAGCGGGUCAGCAAUCAUGGCAGCAGCAGCAACACACCGCGCCAGGCCUUCAGGUCAACGAGGACACCUCCAAGACUACUUCGUCACACAGCACCACCAGGAAGGAGGACCCCAACACCGGCAAAGAAGAUGUGAAGAGCACCACGGAGGAACCCGCUCAGGUGGAGUCCAGAGAGAGGUUGGCUCUGAGCACCUUCACCAGAAUGAGCACCAACUCCUCUGACGAAUUCUUCCAGGCCACAAAUCACGCUGAGCAGACUUUCCGAAAGAUGGAGAGCUACCUGCAGCAUAAGCAACUGUGUGAUGUGCUCCUAAUAGCAGGCGAUCACAAGAUACCAGCUCACAGACUUGUUCUAAGCGCCGUCUCCGACUACUUUGCCGCAAUGUUCACCAGCGACGUGAGGGAGGCCAAACAGGAGGAGAUCAAGAUGGAGGGGGUGGAUCCAGAUGCCCUCACCUCCCUGGUUCAUUUUGCCUACACUGGUGUCCUUGAGUUGAAAGAGGAGACCAUCGAGAGUUUACUGGCGGCAGCUUGCCUCUUGCAGCUCUCACAAGUCAUCCAGGUUUGCUGUAACUUCCUGAUGAAGCAGCUUCACCCCUCCAACUGCCUGGGAAUACGGUCCUUUGCUGACGCUCAGGGCUGCGUGGACCUUCUCAACGUGGCUCACAACUACACCAUGGGAAACUUUCUGGAGGUCAUUCAGAACCAGGAGUUUCUUCUGCUACCCACGGCUGAGAUAAUUAAGCUUCUGUCCAGCGAUGACAUCAACGUGCCAGACGAGGAGAUCAUCUUCCAGGCCCUGAUGAUGUGGGUGAGGUACGACGUUCAGCAACGACAACAGGACCUCGGAGUGCUUCUCUCUUAUAUUCGCCUGCCUCUUCUUCCUCCACAGCUUAUUGCUGACUUGGAAAACAACAAGAUGUUCUCUGAUGAUCUGGAAUGCCAAAAACUGUUGAUGGAGGCCAUGAAGUACCAUCUUCUGCCUGAGCGCCGUCCCAUGUUUCAGAGCCCGAGAACCAAGCCCAGAAAGUCCACAGUGGGGGCACUUUACGCUGUAGGUGGGAUGGAUGCUACCAAAGGUUCAACCACCAUUGAGAAGUAUGACCUGCGGACCAACACCUGGGUCCCGCUUGGAGUUAUGAACGGACGCCGGCUCCAAUUUGGCGUGGCCGUGAUAGAUAACAAGUUGUAUGUGGUCGGUGGGAGAGAUGGGCUUAAGACCUCCAACAUGGUGGAGUGUUAUAAUCCAGUCAACAAAUUGUGGUCCACCAUGCCCCCUAUGUCAACACACCGACAUGGACUUGGUACUGCUGUGCUGGAGGGCCCCAUGUAUGCUGUCGGCGGUCAUGACGGUUGGAGCUAUUUGAACACAGUUGAGCGCUGGGACCCGCAGGCCCGACAGUGGAACUAUGUGGCCAGUAUGUCGACACCACGGAGCACCAUGGGAGUCACUACGCUCAACGGGAAAUUGUUUGCAGUAGGUGGCCGGGAUGGCAGCUCGUGUCUGAGGUCGAUGGAGUGCUUCGAUCCUCACACCAACAAGUGGAGCAUGUGCGCCCCCAUGGCCAAGAGGCGGGGGGGAGUGGGUGUGGCCACCUACAACAACUUCCUGUAUGCUGUGGGCGGACACGACGCCCCGGCUUCCAACCACUGCUCCCGACUCUCAGAUUGUGUUGAAAGGUAUGACCCCAAGACGGAUACCUGGACCACUGUAUCCUCUCUCAGUGUUCCUCGGGAUGCGGUGGGCGUUUGCCUGCUGGGUGACAGGCUGUACGCUGUGGGCGGAUAUGAUGGGCAAUCUUACCUUAACACUGUUGAGUCGUACGAUGCGCAGAACAAUGACUGGACUGAGGAGGUCCCACUAAACAUCGGCAGGGCAGGUGCCUGCGUGGUGGUGGUGAAACUGCCGUGAGCGCUUUUUGUCCCACGCCUGCCUGAUAUAAACAAAUGAAGAAGAGCGGACCACCAAAACAACGAGGAUGCACCCUCUGAGACACACUUGUUUUUAUACUUUCAGCUUUCUAGAUUUUUGAGGCCUCUCCCCAGUCAUUGGCGCACAUGUGGGCCCACUGGGGAGGACCGGCUCGCAAACUGGAAUGUGCAUUCUUGAGAUUCUCAACUGAUCAACAGUUUUCAUACACUUGGCCAGGCUGUAGCAAAUCAGCGCCAACAUGUUGAUCUAUUGCUUUGUUAUUUGGGUUUUACAAAAAAAGCUCUAUGUGAGACUCUACAUUUUGGUCACAUUAUCUGAACAUCAGAUUUAUACAUCCACAUUUUCCUAUGGUUGUCAUCUCAACCUGUACAUUUUUGGGCUACUUAUUUCCCUUUACAGCCACUCAAAAAAACUCACUGUGAAUAAUGAGAAGAUAAUAAGGUAACCAAGUUUUGAGGUGGCUAAUGUAUCAAAAUAUGUUGUUUCUUAUCGAACCAGUAGCGUUACACAACACCAAAGUAAUUUGCUUGUCCUUCGAAGUCUUGCGGAUUGAAUAAAGGUUUACACAAUUGUGAAUUACACAAGAUAUAUCAUAUUGAUACCUCACAUUGCUACGAUUCUGUUGAUACAGUCCUGCUUGAAGCUGUGCGCUCAGAUCACUCCAGUUUUUAUUUCUGAUUUCUUUUAUGUGCGCAAAGCGAAUGAUAUUGAGUUUACUGUGUGUUCUGUAACUCCUGUACAUGCCUUCUCGGGUCACAUAGAGCGUCAGCGCAUAUUAUCCAAUUUUAUGACCCAAUAUCCAAGGCGUGAUUCCUAAAAAUGUGUUUUUUUUAAAAUUACAGGUUUUUUUUUAUAUAUUCCGCUCAUAAGAAUUAAAUGACUUGAGAACAAUUUCUAACUGUUAUAUUAAUAUGCUUCCUAGAGCGAAUGUUACUUUCUAUGUUUUUAAUCAUGACUUUGUACAGCAUAUUAGCGUCCGAAUAUAAUCAUGUUCAAAUCCAUGUUUAGAGAUUUGAGGAAACAAAUGAAACAUAGAAGCUAUUAUGUCAGGAUUGUCUGCAAUUUUCUUCCCAGUGCAGCAAUUUAUAAACCAAGCAUGAGUGUCUCAACAACAGAGUGAGGACCAACUUCUCCUGCUUAUCUCCUUUCCCCCGCUCAUUAUUUACCCUCCAAAUUGUUUUCAAAGCUCCUCCACAAACAACCUCCUCAAGAUUGCUGGAAAUUGAUUUUGCAUACAAAAUGCUCUUUUCUGUGUCAACAAAAGAAAAUGGAAAUGUUUGAUACAGGAACUUGUCGGUCUUAUCAAACACAAACUAUCGACAGAAACUGAACUAAAAACAUUGUC